GCGUAUCUUGAGGGGUCUCCAGAUUAGAUAGAUGGUGUUGGGGAGGGAGAUCGCUAAUCCCGAGAGUGUUACUAAUCCAGGGCUUCAGCAGCCAGGCUACCGCUGCCUUACGUACGUUGAGCGAUUCGUAAGGCAGUCUUGUAAGUGACGCGGUGUCAUGUGCCGUGGCGUGGGAAGAGACGCGCAAAGUGCACGUGUGGGUGAGUAUAUUAUUAGAUGCACUGGUUGCGAGGAAGCAUAUUUUGAAUUGCUCAGACUAUCCACUUUGCUAACUUUCUCCCUCUCUCCUCUUCUAGUCUUUCAAGACUACACCUCUAUCCUCUUCUGCUUUCCUUACAUAUUCCGCUCUACGCGGACUCUCGUCGUUCCUUCACGCCCAUUGCAACCGUUCUCCUUUCAAUUCGGGAGUCAUAUCUUAUCACCGGGUCGAAGCGAUCAAUUCCUUCACCAUGAUCCCUCCCAUUCGAAUGGCACCCUUCCAGGUCCAAAACGUGCCAUCACCGAGCGGCAGCACCGGCCACCCCUUUUUCCAACCGCAGACGUCGCCCUCCUCGCCGAACGCAGGAUCCUCCUCCUCGUCCUCAGGCUCGAGCCCGACGUCCUCCACCCAACAGAGCGGCAAUCAGCAAAGCGGGAGAUAGGACUCCAUAGAGUGCUUUCGGUGCAGGCUCUUACCCUGAAAACACCCCGUGCAAUUGCCCUCUCAACCGCGACAAAAACACAAAAACACGAGAACGACUGCAUCUCGAUCCUACAAGGCAGAUUCCGCCCUUCGAAAUUCACGGUCUGCGUUUAAUCGCUCAACGGCAUGGGGAGCAGGUACACCCUCCAGCACUGCCACCGCCCCACGAUGGAUUUC